CGCAACAUGGCAGCUUACUUGAACCGGCUGCACCACAUUUCACUGUAUGUCUCAAACGUGGAUAAAGUAGCUCAUGAGCUCGUGUCCCGCUUCAAGUUUAACGUGUUUGCGAUCAGACUGACAGAGCGCGUGAAGCAGCUCGCAGUGCGCAGAGGAUCGGCGGUGUUUGUUGUGAACGAGAGGGCGCGUGGAGCGCAGCAGAGGUUGAAUGGGCAUCAGUCACGUGUGUGGAGUCCUGUCAAAGCCACACAUCAUCAACAAUUUGAAGGUCUGUACGGAGCCCCUACACACUACCCAGUGGACACUGUGAGUAAUGUUUGUUUUGAGGUGUCGGAUGUGGAGAGUUCGUCCACGGCUCUGCGUGAUCAGGGCUGUGAGUUUGUCCUGCCGCCCACUCAGGUGUACGAUGACAGAGGGUCGGUCACCUUCUCCGUGGUCCGGUCUGUAGUGGGUAAUGUGUGUCACACUCUCAUUGACACGUCUCGAUAUGAUGGUGUGUUUCUGCCGGGUUUCCAGCAGACUGCAGACGGCAGCUCAGACUCCUACUGUCCCAUUACUCACUUUGAUCACAUCACAUACGCGUGCACGAGGAGAAGCACGCCGGACAUCACGCGCUGGUACGAGAAGAACUUUGGCUUCCAGAGGUUUUUCAUUGACAGGAAUGAAGAUGUGGAUGAGGGAUAUAUUCUGAACCAGGACGGCAUCGGCCUGCGUCUCACUGCUAUGGAUUAUUGGAAAUGUAGUGAGUCUGGAGUGAAAGUUCAUUUUAAAGAUCAAAAGGAAACAGACUGCAAGUUUGUGAUGGCAGAGUCUCUUCCUGAACAAGGCAGGAACCAGGUAGACACAUUUCUAGAAGAGCACAGAGGUGCAGGUGUCCAGCACAUAGGUCUUUACACUGAGGACAUUGUCUCCACAGCUCAAACGCUGACCUGCGCCGGAGUUCAGUUCUUCUCACCCCCUCCCACCUACUACACUGAGGUGGGGAAACAGCAGGAGAUUGUGGAGGCAGGUCAUGAUCCUUAUGCACUGAGUCAAUACGGCAUCCUCUUGGACACAGACGUCCACGCAGAUGACAUCAACGCUCCCAGCCAACGGUAUCUGCUCCAGGUGUUUACCAAACCCAUUUUUGGAGAGGACACCUUCUUCCUAGAGCUCAUUGAACGGAGGGGAGCCACAGGCUUCGGCGAGGGGAAUAUUCGUGCGCUCUGGAGAUCUGUGCAAGCUUACAUGAAUGGAGACCAGGAAUCAGAGCGUAAAAACAAACAGAGCAGACAACCCUGAUCCCAUUGAUGAAUGUGUGUGACAACAACAGUGGCACUUUCAGACAUUAUAUUAUAUAGACUUCAGAUGCUUGGUUUAGGUGUGAGUUUGGUAACUGUGAUGGUCUGAUCAAUUUGUUGUGAUCAAAUCAGUUUUCAGGACCUUUAAGAUAAGAAACAAGCUCAAGUUCAGGGCAUUUCCUAUAUCGGGUUCAGUAAAUAAAGCAUCAUGUGAGCUGAAAAAUGUAUGCGUGAGGGUUCAUACUGUACUGUACUGUAAUGCACUGUAUUGUAUUUUCACUGUGAAAUAUCAGCUGUAAUGUUGUGCUAUUAUCAGAUACAUCAAAGCCUCCAAACUGUUUUAUAAAAUACUUUUUAUCACCUGACCAAUUAUAUGAAAAUGAUGAUAGUUUCAUUCUUCAACAAAUGAAGUUUCUUUAACUAAGUUCAGAAGAAAUGUGGUCAGAAGAGCGCAAAGAGGUCUCUAUACAGAGCCGUCCCUCAUAUCUGUCCCGUGAUGUUUUUUGCAGCAUCCCUAAUUCAGCCCAUUGCCUCAAUCUCUGCUGGUACAACUAUCCCAGUUAAGGGGGGGGGGGGAUUUGGGUUCAGGCUAAUAUUCUGAGCCCUACCCUCGGACAGCACACCAAAUAUGCUUUAUUAUCAUUUUACCCUAUUAAUUACAUGUUAAUGCACACUUGUGAAUCAGCUUUAGUGAUCACCUGGGCAUCUGCUGUUAAAUGACUACCACAAAUGUGAUUUAAUAACAUUUUAACAGCUCAAGAAAGUGUUUCCAGAUGAUGUGUGAGACUGAAUUAAGAUUGUUUUAGAAGUCAUGUGGUUUGUGUCAAGAGUAAAUAGGAGACGUGUCCCACUUUUUAGCCUAGUGAAUAUUUUGCAGAAAUAUAUUAACUUAAAGUAGCUUUCAAUUUAGACAUGAAACCAGAUGUUGACUAAAAAGCUAUUGAACAUUCCUGAUACAGUUUAACAUUUAAGAUGAAUCUAAAUGCAGGGAUGUUGUCACACCAUAUAAUGGAAACCUCUUGCUUACACUAAUUAUAGAAAAACAUCUUUCUGAACAUUUCUGUAUUUAUUUUAAACGUAAUACAAGCACUUGAAUUUACAAAAUUUAAACAAAAUAAUUAACUGCAUGAAUAAAGACAUUUUCAUUAUAUAUUUUUAUUUAAUAUUUGUUAAAAACACAUGGACAUGUAAAGUUUGACAAGCACCAUGAACCACGAUUUUUGUCAUGACACUUUUACAUUGUAUAUAUAUUGUUUUAUUAAGUCUAAUGGUUAUGUGUUUUAGU